AUGGAUGAACUAGAUUGGCUCGAAGCCGAUUUACAUCUUCACGACGACUAUAUCGACGAACUCGAUCUCGAUAUCGAUAUCGAACCACCACCGAUUGAAGAAAUACCAACAGAAGAACCAAUUCCAUUGAUCAAACCAACUUUACAAAUCCCAAACAAUCAAAACAUCGUUUCCGAACCCGAAAAACCGCAGUCUAAGAAGCGGUUAAACCCUAACCCUAGCACAAGUGUAGUUGAAGAUAAGCGGUGUAAAAUCGUUGAUGUAAUUGAUGACGAUCAUGAUGAGGAUGAUUGGAUGCGGUUUGAUCCGCCGAAACGAGACGAGGCGGUUAACGAUGUGGAGGUUGUUGAGGAAGAGGAGAAGGAGAGGUUUAUAUCGAGAUAUGUGAAGGAUAUCGAUGGCGAUUUUAUGCCGGUGACUGGUACGGAUGGGGAUCGGGUUUAUGCUAAGUUGGUUAAGGUUGAUAAUGAUGAUAAUUUGAAGAAAUUGGAUUUGAAAUCGUAUUCGAAAGGUCUUAUGAUGGAAGAUAUAAAUGUAUUAAUGGAAAAGGUGGAACAGGAUGUUCUGCAAAAGGCUUUGCAAGCUAGUGUCCCAAGUCAGACUGAAACAAAUAAUUUGGAUACACCAGUGGCGACUGAACGACUCUGGGUGGAGAAAUAUUCUCCAAAUUCAUUCAUGGAGCUUCUCAGUGACGAGCACACCAAUCGAGAGGUUCUUUUGUGGUUGAAACAAUGGGAUUCUUCUGUUUUUGGGUCUGAACUCAAGAGUACAACUGACGAUGUGUUGUCUGCUUUAAAAAGGCAUUCCUCUGUUUCCCAACAAAAGAAAGUUCCUAGCAAGAGUUCUUUUGGGUGGAAAAAAGAGUUUAUAUCUAAUAGUGAAACUUAUGGAGAACAUAAUCACUUUGACAAAGAUAAAUAUGAUUCUCAUGGUACUCAGGAACUUCAUAACAAGAAAAGCAAGGAUUCCGGCCCACCAGAACAGAAGAUCCUUUUACUCUGUGGUGCACCAGGGCUUGGAAAAACAACACUCGCACAUGUGGCGGCCAAGCACUGUGGAUAUCGUGUGGUUGAGAUUAAUGCUAGUGAUGACCGGUCAUCCUCAUCGAUUGAAACCAAAAUUCUUGAUGUGGUUCAGAUGAACUCUGUCAUAGCUGAUUCAAGGCCCAAAUGUUUGGUGAUUGAUGAGAUUGAUGGAGCUCUUGGUGAUGGCAAAGGCGCAGUGGAUGUAAUUUUAAAGAUGGUAAAAGGGUUUACCCUGGUUAGCUUAGUAUUCCUCAAAAACAGUUUGAGACAAGUAACAUGGCUAAGUGCCAUACUAGUUCACAUAUACGACAAACCUCAGAUUACUCUCAACAUAAACUUCAUGACUUCAUCUUCUGAAUCUUCCUGGCAUAAAGCAUCAUACUGGUUCCCGACAACUAUGUCAGGUGCAGAAGUAGGAAUGGAGUCAUGA